UUUAAUAACAGUUACCUUGAUAUACAAACUCGACGACCUCGUAUAGACUACGAAAAUCAAAGCUGACGUAGACUUACACCGCAAACCUGUUUGUAGUUAGUCUCAGGAAGUUUAGUGACUUCCAUCAAUGUACAAGCAAGUUGGGUGCUUGUUCAUCUUACAAUGUUAGAUGUUGAUAUUUUAUGGAGGUCAGUCGGUAAUAUGAAUGCGACGUCUAUUAAGAACUUUCAUACUCUAACGUACGAUCUAGAGGGAACAGAAGCUGAAGAAACUAUUAUUGAUGGGAGUUCCACAGGACAAUUGCAUAAUACUCUGGGCAAUAAUCUUAAUCCUCAUUCGGUUAAAAAAAAUCACGAUGAUAAAGAAAAAAGACAACCAAACUAUCGGUCAAGUUCAACAGAAGAGUCGAAACAAAACUUUACAACUGAGCUUGUGAAUAAAUCUAAUGAGGGACAGUGGAAUUUAAUUAAAGUUCGUGUAGGUUUUGAUGUUACACGUAAAGGUGAAAGAAGUCUAGUUAUCAAUGGAUAUAAAUUUACAAAAUCAAGAGAUGGUAUGGGUGAUCGUGUAUUUUGGCGAUGUUCUCGUCGUGAAUGCAAAGCUACAGCAGUUACUGUUUCAAAUAAAGUAGAGCAUAUACGGUCGAUUCAUUCUCAUUUGCCACCAGUAGCUGCAGAAUUUUUUUCUGAAGAUUCUUCUCGUUGUGAACAAGAAGUGCGAUUUAACAAUUUAGUCUAUACUCAACGUUCUCGCAUUCGUAGACGUAGCCAACCGAGUCCUUCUAUGAAACUAUCAAAACAAUCAGUAACGAAAUCAUGUUUUCUUGAACAAAUAAAAGAAUUAGCCAACACAACUUCAUGUUCUGUAACACCAAACGCAGUUUCGCAUAAAAACUAUUCUUCAAACCUAAGAAGUAUGGAUUGUUCAAAUGAUUUAUGCAUUGAUUCAAGUGAAUAUGCAUCUCCUAUAAAGAAAAGACAUUGUUCUGAUCAAGACCUAUCUGAUUACUCAACUUUACAAACAGUGUCUGCUCUUUUAACUAAAUGGGUCGAUUCGAAACAAGUGAAUAUAGGAAACGACGAGGCAAAAGAAGAUCUCUCCAAUAUUUCAAAAUGUAUUUUACCUCCAAAGAAAUUGUCAAAUAAUAUCUUGACUAGUGAAGAAUACCAGUUAUUCAAUAGUAAUUCAGUUUUAGAUGUAAAUAAUUCUUCGAACGUUUAUGAGGAUUCCUUGUCAAAAGUAUCAAAAUCAGAAAGUUUCAAAAAAUUAACUACCCUGGCCACUUCAUCGAACAAUAUUUAUAAUCAUAGUUCAGAAAAUGAUUUAAUAGGAAUAAAUAAAACCUCUCAGAUCAUCACACGGAACGGUACUACUGCUGAUGAAGACGAUGCUAAUCGAGACUUUAUAAAUGAUAAUUCACAAAGAAAUUCCAUAAUUAAUAAUAUGUCAAAAACUCAGCAAUCUGAUAUAAGUUCACCUUCAAUAGACGUCAGUUCUCUUGAACACAACUGUCAACGUCAAAUUAUUCUCCUCAAUAACGAACAAUUGAAUGAAUUACUAAAAAUAAUAAAUUACAGUCGAUUCAACAAUACGCCAAUCCAAAGUGAAUCUAUGAAUUCACCUUCUUUACAAACAUCAAGUUUAGUCAAUGACAGUUUGCUUAAUUCUAUUGGGUUGUUCACAGCAUCCGAUCCUAAUUUAACUGGAGGUUUAGCACAAUGCACUACUACUUAUUGCUGUUCAUAUUACCCAAGGCUUAACAGUAGAGUUUUGAAUCGCAAUAAUGAUUGUUGUCUACCAUCAUUUCAUCAUAUUUCCAGUUCUACAAACCUAAAUUCAAAUCCAAUUGUAUGUUCUUUCAACAAUUGUUCGAAUAAUUUAUUCAAUAAAAUGUCCAAAUCAAUGGCAGUCAGUGAGAGUAAUAUUGAUGGCUGUGACACUCAUGUAAAUGGUCACAAAUCAUCAUCUCCGAAUUUUCUAAUUCAUUGGAAAAAGGAGAAAAUACGUGAAUCUGUUGAAGAAGACGGAGUCAAUCCGUUGAAUGGAUUCUAUGAUAAUAAUGAUACAUUUUCACAUCAACUCUAUCAAGAUAAAGAUAAUAAUACAUUGGGAAUGGUAGAUAAUUACCAAAUAUCGGUUAAUAAUACUCCUAUGACGAAUUGUUCAUCACAAUUACUUUCUCAUGGUAUGAAUAAUAGAUUUUCCAGUUACAAUACAUUCAGUUCAAAUUCAAGGACUACAAAUACUACUAAUAGUUAUGAUAGCAGUAGCAAUAGUAGCGCACGUGAAUUAAUUCAAAGUCAAUCUGAAAUUACCAUUCAGUCAUCAGACGAUGACCAAUUUUUAUAUAAUCAAAUCCAAGAUGGUAUUCUCAUGAAAAUACUUAAUACAGUACAACAGUUAACCGCUAAACUUGAUGCAGAUGCUGAUCCCCCUGAAGUAAUUCAAAAUUGUCGAGCUAUUCAAGCUUGCCUAGAUACAAUUACUGCUAUAAAAAGAGCCAAAUCAAAUCAGUUCUUUAUUGAUAAACAAGAUGAAACACGUUCAACUAAUACACUUGAAGAGUCAAAUGAUAAUUUACAACCCAGAGAAUUCACCUCUAAGAAUCAAGAAAAUUUCCAACUGUUUUCGCCUAAUUUCAUUCAAUCAUAAUCGUUCUGCUUGUUGCCGUUGCUGGCAGUCAGAAGUAUUAAUAGUUGUAAUACUCAUAACAAACAGUAAUUUCUUUGCUAACCGGGUUAGUUUUUCUAUAGAAACAGAAAAGAUUCAUUUUUUUUACACAAAAGUAAAUAAUAUCACAUUUCUAAAGGAAUUAAGGUUAUUUUCGUAGUUAUUUUUCUGUGGAAGGUUUUUCUAUGCUUUAUUACGUUUGUGAUUCUGUGCAUUACUUGGAUACAUUAGCUAUUAUUUACACUAUUCCCAAUUCAUAUUCAAUCUUUGAGUUCUUCCAAUAAAAUAGUUUUUAUGUUAUGUUGUAUCAGUCAUUAAAAUUUUAAAAAAAGUUAGAUAUCAUAAUUCAUUUUUAGUCGCAUUUCAUAUAAUUACAAGAUUUUAGUAUUUUAUUCCUUAAGGAGUAUGUCAAUACAUUGAACACUGAAUGAUAUUAAAUCAAUAGACACUUCAUUCAUCUUUACUAGUUCCGAUUUUUUUUCUCUGUUAUUACGUAUUCUUGAUGUGUACAACAUAAAUAUUAUACUAUUUUUUACAGUUUUCUGCAUCAUAAUAAUUUUCAUAUUUGUAUUUAAAUGAAUAAUUUCUUUUCUUGAAAUCGUGUUACAUACAAGUUACAUACUAACAAGUAAACCUUUAAACAUAACUUUCCUCAUAGUAAAAUUCAUCGAAAAUACAAGAAAUGAUCCGAUAUUAGUCUCAGUACAUCAAUCGGAAUGCUCAAUUAUGAAGCAGAAGUCAAUCGACGAAGUUUUGCAGUUCAGACAAAAAAGCCUGCACCAUCAUCAUACGAAAAUUAUUCAGAUCACUACCAUUUUUUCGUCUCCAUCUAGUUCAAUCCAAAAGAACUGAAAACAACUAGUCAUAGUGUGAAUAAUACAAACUUGUAUGAAGGUGGUGUGACAAAUUUCACUGAAAUAAGAGAUAUUGAUCUACUGAGUUGGUGGUCAUCAAUGAUUAGAUUUACCUUUCAUUGAUUUCUGGUAUUUGGAAGGUUUCAGUGUACAAUCUGUCAAGACAUUACUAGCUAAACAUUUGUCAACCCGUUAUUUUAUAGUCUUUACGUUUGACAAGAAUUUGACCUCUUAGAAACAUUAAUUCGAAAUAUCCUCGUAGUAAUCAGAAAGUCAAAGUCAAUGAUGCCAUGCAUUUCAAACUAUGUAAGACCAAAUGACGAUGUAUGAAUAACUCAGAAGUGAAUAAUUAUUCAGUGCUAAUAAACGAAGAUACAUUUACAGCGUUAAUGUUAGAUAUUCAAAUGUAUCUGAAAGAUAGCAUAUAUACGACAGAAAUAAUUGAACAAAAGAAUAAAUACUAAAUAGUUUAUUCUCUGUUAUUACUCCAUAAUUCGACAGAAAAAUCUAUGACUUUAUUAAUUUCAUAAACAAACAUACAACUGGCAAAUUUUACAACUUAUCAUUUUGUUUGAAUUUAUGAACUAAUCUAUCCACUGUUCCAACAAUACGUUUUUCACUUAUAGACGUUAAGAACUCAUUUUAUUCGCAUAGGAUGAUUUGAAGCCAUUAUAAUUAGGUGUGAAAUUAAGAUAAUUUUAAUUAUGUAUAUAAUGUAAUUCUCAUCGGGUGAAUUGCAUUUAGGUGUUUGUCGAUCAAAGAAUCGAUACGAACAUAUCUUGCACACCACAGUACAUAUAAUUUGAAAUAUCAAGGUACAGUUCAUACCCAGUAGACUAUGUUGAAAUAGAUCAGAUGAAUUCUUGAUAUAUCAAAGAAAUCCAUUAGAUCCAUCAGAAGGAUUAUGAAGUUCACAAUUACACUCACAACCACUAGAAGUUCAGUAGGCAUUAUGAACAAAGUAUGUGUUAACUUAUUGGUGUUUUAUAGGAGUGAAUUAAAGGUUAGUAUUUGAAUAAUCUCAAAGUACUUGAUAAACGAGUUGAUAUUUAGUCAAACUAAUUUCAUUGUGAUUAGGUAGACGGCUAGCAUUUCAUUGUAUUACCUUAUUGCUAUCGUAUUUUACUUGGACUCCAUUUCUAAUGAAUACAGACAUAAAUGAAUCGUAUUGUUUGAACAAUCCUAUCCGUUGUAAUUGAGUCAAAAAAUAUCCCGUUCAUAAAGACCUAUCCUAAAUCAUUCACUUCAAUCGUUCAUUUGAUCAUACCUCAGUAACAUCCAAUUUCUUAUCGCCGUCAGUAAUCUGAAUCAGUAGUCUGUCUUUCAUAUCCCAUUCUCUAAUGAUUGAUCGGACAGGUUUAUCUGAGGUUAAUUGGAAGCUUAAGUCACAAUACAAAAU